ACAGGGUAUCUUUAUCAGCCUGUGGCAAUGCUAUAUUUAUCAGCCUCCUGGCCAUAAAAGGUCUGGACUGGGGCUCUGGCAUUCCACUGACUGCAGGCAUUAUUUUUAUUCUGGAUCUUCAAGUCCAGUCCUUAGCCUGGGCCCUGACUACCUCCUUGCCGGAUUUGCCUUUGCUCGGCUUUCCUGUUAUUCGUCCUCUUCAAACUAUUCCACUUGCUUUUGUUCCUUUGGGUCCCGACACUGUACUGUUAUUUUUAUAUUCAGAAAAGUGAAGUAAAAGGUAAAUUAUUAGGCACUCAUGAUGUCUUUACCUUUCUACCAAAAACACCACGAGCAUUAUGACCGCGCGUACCGCCACAAGGCAAUGCAGUCCACUGUAAGCCAGUACCAAAAGGAAGCGAAGAGCAAGUCUGCAGUCUACGCUCAAGGGUCUACAGCCUAUAGCAGGGGCUCUGCGGCCUAUCGCCACGCGGCUGCUGCGGAUUACAGCCUGGAGUCUUCGGCAGCACAUAGCCAUGGCUCUUCAGCCCAUGCCCUGGAGUCGGCAGCCUACAGCUACGGAUCUACAGCCUACGACCACCACUCCGCUGCACACAGCAAACGAUCUGCUGCCUACAGUCUUGACUCUGAAUCUCUCAGUAAGAGCUCAGCUGCCUAUAGUCACGGAUCUGAGUCUAUCAAUAAGCUGGCUGCAGCCUACAGGCUGGGAUCUGAAGCCUACAGUCUUGGACUGAAGGAUUCCAAUAUAAUGAUUGAAGAUCAGUCCUAUAAGAUGAGUCCCAAAGCCAAGAGAGCAAAACAGAAUUUGAUCUCUGAGGACAAAGAGAACACUGCCAUGGACUACUCAGUGCCUGUUUUCACAGGACGUGAAGUGAAUAUCAGUGGGAUAACAGAUACAGAAGAAGAAAGAAUCAAAGAAAGUGCUGCAUAUGUUGCCAGAAGGAAUCUUUUGGCUAAAGGUGAAGGCGUUAGUGUGAGCAAAGUGGCCACAUCCGCUUCUCAAGAAGAGCAUCAUGAAAAAAAAUCAAGGAAAAUUGCAGUCCGGGAGUCUGCUGAACGUGUGGCCCUGCAGAAAACGUUAGAAGAUACUCAGGCAUUCCACAGAAAGCUGAAUCAAGAUAAACUUUUACAUGCUCCUGAGUUUAUUGUCAAGCCUCGUUCUCACACUAUCUGGGAAAAGCAAAAUGUCAAAUUUCAUUGCACCGUGGCUGGCUGGCCAGAACCCCGUGUUACAUGGUACAAAAACAAUGUGCCCAUCAAUGCACAAGCCCACCCUGACAAGUAUAUAAUUGAAAAUCGAUAUGGGCUGCACUCACUGGAGAUUAGCACAUGUGAUUUUGAAGACACUGCUCAGUAUCAUGCUUCUGCUAUGAAUGUUAAAGGAGAGAUUUCAGCUUACGCGUCUCUUGUGGUAAAGAGAUACAAAGGAGAAAUUGAUGCACGUCUUUUACAUGCUGGAACUGCCACUAUGCCUAUGGGCUUUGGUGUUACCCCACAUGGGUUUGCUUCCAGGUUUGAAAUCAGUUUUGUUGACAAGUUUGAUGUCACCUUUGGGAGAGAAGGCGAGACAAUGAGCCUGGGUUGCACAGUUGUCAUCAAUCCUGAUAUUAAGCGCUUCAAACCAGACAUCGAAUGGUACAGAAAUGGUGUUCUUAUUACACCAUCCAAAUGGGUGCAGAUGCACUGGAGCGGGGAGCGAGCUACAUUAACAUUGACUCAUGCAAACAAGGAGGAUGAAGGUCUUUACACUCUGCGUGUGGUGAUGGGAGAAUACUAUGAGGAGUACAGUGGCUAUGUCUUUGUUCGAGAUGCCGAUGCUGAAAUCCCAGGCGCUCCUGGUGCACCACUGGAUGUGCAGUGCUUAGAUGCCAACAAAGAUUAUGUCAUUGUUUCCUGGAAGCAGCCAGCUGUUGAUGGAGGAAACCCCAUCCUUGGAUAUUUCAUUGACAGAUGUGAGAUUGGCACCACCCACUGGACCCAGUGCAAUGAGACUCCGGUGAAGUUUGCCCGUUUUCCCGUCACUGGCCUCAUUGAGGGCCGCUCCUAUAUUUUCCGAGUGCGAGCUGUCAACAAAGCCGGCAUCAGCCUCCCAUCCCGGGUGUCUGAGCCGGUGGCUGCACUGGAUCCUGCUGACAGAGCCAGGCUUAGAAGUCACCCUUCAGCUCCCUGGACUGGACAGAUUAUUGUCACUGAGGAAGAACCUGCAGAGGGUGUUGUUCCUGGUCCACCUACAGACCUCCAAGUUAUUGAAGCCACCAAGAACUAUGUUGUGCUUAGCUGGAAACCUCCUGGACAGCGGGGCCAUGAGGGUAUUAUGUACUUUGUGGAAAAGUGUGUCGCUGGCACAGAGAACUGGCAAAGAGUGAACACGGAGAUCCCCGUCAAAUCUCCUCGCUUUGCGGUUUUUGAUUUGGCUGAAGGCAAAUCCUACUGCUUCCGAGUUCGCUGUUGCAAUUCUGCUGGAAUUGGUGAGCCUUCAGAAGCAACUGAAGCUACUGUGGUGGAUGACAAACUUGAUAUACCCAAAGCUCCUGGCCGUAUUAUGCCAACUAGGAAUACAGAUACCUCAGUUGUUGUCACUUGGACAGAACCUCCAGAUGCCAAGGAGCUGGUUGGAUACUACAUUGAGUCAAGUGUGGUUGGAUCUGGUCAUUGGGAACCAUGCAACAACAACCCGGUGAAAGGCACAAGAUUCAUUUGCCAUGGGCUUGUCACUGGUGAGAAGUAUGUUUUCAGAGUCAGAGCUGUUAAUGCAGCUGGACUCAGUGAAUUUUCACAGGAAUCGGAGCCUAUAGAAGUGCAAGCAGCCAUUGGGGGAGGAUUGCUUCAUGGUGUGUGUCCUGAACUGAGUGGUAAAGCUGGUGGACUAACAGACUGCACUACCAGUUGGGAAGGCAUGCAUGAGUCCUCCCAGCCUAUCUUUGACACAGAUGCUUUGCUAAAAUGCAAUGCUAAAUUUAAUAGAGACACACUACCCAGUAGCUCUGACAAACUGGGAAACACAGGAGACAAUUACACGAGAGAAAUGGUUCAGGAUGCUACCACAUCUGCACCACAAAAUGUUGCUGCUAAGCAGGCAAGUAAGUCUCGACCUGGGGAUCCUUUGACACUGGAAAAGGUGAAAGAGAAGAAAGAUAUAGCUGCUCCAUCUCCACCUUAUGACAUAACGGUACUUGAGAGCGUGCGUGACUCAAUGGUACUGGGAUGGAAACAACCUAAAGUCACUGGUGGAACUGAAAUUACUGGCUACUAUGUGAACUAUCGUGAAGUAAUUGGUGGAGUUCCUGGGAAAUGGAUGGAGGCCAACAUUAAGCCUGUUAGUGAGAGGGCAUACAGGAUUCAAAAUCUGAAGGAAAACAUGGUGUACCAGUUCCAAGUUGCUGCUGCUAACCUGGCUGGGGUUGGGACACCCUCCCCACCCAGUAAAUCCUUCAAAUGUGAAGAAUGGACCAUUGCUGUACCAGGGCCACCUCAUGAUCUUGAAUGCAUAGAAAUUAGGAAAGAUUCCUUGGUUUUAUUGUGGAAGGAGCCAAUUUAUACUGGUCGUAGUCCUAUAGCUGGUUAUUAUGUUGAUCUAAAGGAAACUGAAGCAACAGAGGAACACUGGAGAAGUGUCAAUGAGAAGCCACUUCAAAAGAAAUAUUUGAAGAUAGGUGGCCUCAAGGAAGGUGUGAGCUACGUGUUCCGCGUGCGGGCAACAAACCAGGCUGGUGUUGGGAAACCAUCAGAUGCCACUGAUCCUGUUGUAGCUGAAACACGACCAGGAACUAAAGAAGUGGUGGUUGACGUAGAUGAUAAUGGAGUCAUUUCCUUAAACUUUGAAUGUGAUCAGAUGUCUCCAAACUCUAAGUUUGUUUGGUCCAAGAAUUAUGAACCAAUUGAGGAUGACUCUCGACUGCACAUCGACACAAAAGGCGGAAAGUCAAAAGCUACCUUUAAGGAUCUUGGAGAAGAUGAUUUGGGAAUUUAUUCUUGUGUCGUUACAGACACUGAUGGAGUUUCAUCAAGCUACACAAUUGAUGAAGAAGAAAUGAAACGUCUUCUUGCUCUGAGCCAUGAACGUAAAUUCCCAACUAUCCCACUCGUAUCUGAGCUGGCAGUGGAAAUUUUGGAAAAAGGAGAAGUGCGAUUCUGGUUGCAAGCUGAAAAACUCUCUGGCAACGCAAAGGCCAACUUUGUAUUUAACGAUAAGGAGAUUUUUAAUGGAGAGAAAUACAAAAUGAAGGUAGACCAGAAGACAGGCCUUGUUGAAAUGGUUAUGGAUAAACUUGAGGACAAGGAUGAAGGGACUUACACUUUCCAGCUUCAAGAUGGAAAAGCAACCAACCAGUCCAGCCUUGUGCUCAUUGGUGAUGUGUUUAAGAAGCUGCAGGAUGAAGCAAAUUUCCAGAGAAAGGAGUGGCACAGGAAACAAGGUCCUCAUUUUGUGGAAUACUUGGGAUGGGAAGUUACUGAUGAUUGCAAUGUGCUGUUGAAAUGUAAGGUGGCUAAUAUUAAGAAGGAAACACACAUUGUAUGGUACAAAGAUGACAGGGAGAUAAUGGUUGAUGAAGAACAUGAUUUUAAAGAUGGUGUAUGUACCCUGCUGAUAUCAGAGUUUUCUAAGAAAGAUGCUGGAACCUAUGAGGUCUUAUUGAAGGAUGACAGAGGGAAGGACUCCAGUGAACUGAAGCUCAUGAAUGCAGCUUUUGCGGAUCUGAUGAAUGAAGUAUGCAGAAGGAUCGCUUUAUCUGCAACUGACCUGAAAAUCCAGAGCACAGCUGAGGGCAUCAGGCUGUACUCCUUUGUUAAUUACUAUGUGGAAGACCUGAGAGUAGGCUGGGUGCACAAUGAUACCCAGAUUAGAUUUACAGACAGGGUUAAGACUGGUGUCACUGGGGAGCAGAUCUGGUUGCAGAUCAAUGAGCCAACUCCACAAGACAAAGGCAAAUAUACGAUGGAGCUCUUUGAUGGUAAAACAGGACACAAAAAGACAGUGGAUCUUUCUGGACAAGCAUUUGAUGAAGCCUUUGCUGAAUUCCAGAGAUUAAAGCAAGCUGCAAUUGCAGAGAAAAAUCGUGCACGGGUACUUGGAGGGUUGCCCGAUGUCGUCACCAUCCAAGAAGGCAAGGCACUUAAUCUUUCCUGCACUGUCUGGGGAGAUCCUACCCCGGAGGUCUCAUGGCUGAAGAAUGAGAAAUCAUUCGUAUCGGACGCUAACUGCGUCCUGAAAUUUGAAUCUGGAAAAAAUGUCAGCUUCAGCAUUGCGGCAGUGUCCACACACGACUCGGGGAAAUACAGCAUCGUGGUGAAGAACAAGUACGGCACCGAGACGAGCGACGUCACUUCUCAGACUAUGAAUUACGUGGGGCAGCUUGCAGGUCAGGUGCUGGUUACUGUGAAGGAGCUGUACAAAGGCAUCAAUCAGGCCACCCUUUCGGGAUGCAUCGAUGUCAUUGUGGUCCGGCAGCAGGAUGGUACCUUCCAGUGUUCUCCUUUCCAUGUCCGCUUUGGGAAGCUUGGGGUCUUACGCUCAAAGGAAAAAGUGAUUGAUAUAGAAAUUAACGGUGAUGCUGUUGAUCUUCAUAUGAAACUUGGUGACAAUGGAGAAGCUUUCUUUGUACAAGAAACAGAAGAGGAAAAUGAAAAAGUUCCUGCAUAUUUGGCAACUUCUCCAAUACCCACUGAAGACCAGUUCUUUAAGGAGAGUGACAAUCAUUUGAAAUCGGGUGAAAGUGAGAGGACUUGUCUGAACUCCGAAGUUCCACAUGCUAUGGAAGCAGAGACUGUAUUCACUUCAGGUUCUGUGAAAAAGAAAAAAAGAAGAAGAAAGAAAUACAAACAAGAUAGCAGGAAGGAAGAUCAAAUCUCUUCUGCUGGAACAGAAGAGAUUUUUGAAAUGGAAAUAAGCUCAGAUGAUGAGAAAGGUGCUCAGCCACUAAGAGGAUCCUCAAAUUCAUCACCAAAGGGGGAAGAACAGAAAGACACUUUGAUUUAUCACUCGAAGGAUCAUUACCCCUUAUCUGAUGGAGACUGGUCCCCUCUGGAGAACCCUUUCUCUGAGCCAGUCUGCCCUAAAAGUGAUUCAGAGCUAGAAGUUAAACCUGCUGAGAGCCUGCUUAGAUCUGAAUCGCACAUGGAAUGGACAUGGGGAGGAUUCCCAGAAUCAACCAAGAUAAGCAAGAAAGAAAAACUGGAGCAUCCCAGAACAGCUACCAUUACCCCAUCAGAGAAGACUCAUUUUAGGGUCAUCCUCAGCUCUGAUGAAGUUGAAGAUGAUCAUGUGGUGAAAGAGUCAGUCUGCACAGUCCUCAAACCUCAGCCAAGAACUCAUCCUCUGCUUAAGCAGGUGGAUGCUAAAGAUUCUCUUGCUUCUGCAAUCAUAGAACCACAGGAUUCAUUACCAUUAGAUGCUGAUCAUCAUUCCAGGCUGUUGUUGGAUCCGUCAGCAGAAACAAAGCCACCAGCAAAAACUGAUUCCCCUUCGAAAAAGAAAGGGGUGCACAAGCGAAGUCAUCAUCAGGGGCCUGAUGAUAUCUACCUGGAUGACCUAAAGGCCUUGGAGCCUGAAGUUGCAGCACUUUACUUUCCCAAAAGCGAUUCCGACCCAGGCUUCAGGCAGUGGCCGGAGUCCGAUACCCUUUCUGGUUCCCAGUCCCCACAGUCGGUGGGAAGUGCUGCUGCUGAUAGUGGCACAGAGUGCCUGUCAGAUUCUGCUAUGGACUUGCCUGAUGUCACUCUGUCGCUCUGUGGAGGUCUCAAUGAAAAUGGAGAGAUUUCUAAAGAAAAGUUCAUGGAACAUAUUAUUACCUAUCAUGAAUUUGCUGAAAAUCCAGGACUCAUAGACAAUCCGAACCUGGUCAUACGGAUUUAUAACAGGUAUUAUAACUGGGCAUUGGCUGCUCCAAUGAUUCUGAGUUUGCAGGUGUUUCAGAAAAGUUUGCCCAAGGCUACAGUUGAGUCUUGGGUCAAAGAAAAAAUGCCAAAGAAGUCUGGAAGGUGGUGGUUCUGGCGCAAGAGAGAGAGCAUGACUAAACAGAUACCAGAGGCAAAGGAAGGGAAAUCGGAGACACAGAGAGCAAAUGAGCUGCCAGCAACUAUAAAAGAGCAAGUUAAUAGUAGACCUGCGGAGGAUGAUUCUUCUAGUGAUGAAACAUCACAGGAAUUGAAAGAAUCCCUGAAAAUAGAUUCUGUCCCAGUGGAGCUUCCAACACAUGGGAACACUCCAUCUUAUAAGAAGUCACUCAGACUGUCUUCGGACCAAAUAGCAAAGCUGAAGCUCAGAGAUGGCCCUAACGAUGUGGUAUUUAGUAUUACAACUCAGUAUCAAGGGACCUGUCGGUGUGCGGGAACAAUAUAUCUCUGGAACUGGAAUGACAAAAUCAUCAUAUCGGACAUUGAUGGAACAAUAACCAAGUCUGAUGCUUUAGGGCAGAUCCUCCCACAGCUUGGCAAGGACUGGACUCAUCAGGGCAUUGCAAAACUUUAUCAUUCUAUAAACGAAAAUGGCUACAAGUUUCUGUACUGCUCUGCUCGUGCCAUUGGGAUGGCGGAUAUGACCAGAGGGUAUCUGCACUGGGUGAAUGACAAAGGAACGAUUCUCCCGAGGGGUCCUCUCAUGUUGUCCCCCAGCAGUUUGUUCUCUGCCUUUCAUAGGGAAGUAAUAGAAAAGAAGCCUGAAAAGUUCAAAAUCGAAUGUUUGAAUGAUAUCAAGAAUUUGUUUGCUCCCAGUAAACAACCUUUCUAUGCUGCUUUUGGAAACAGGCCUAAUGAUGUGUUUGCCUACAUGCAAGUGGGAGUUCCAGACUGUAGAAUAUUUACUGUGAACCCAAAGGGUGAACUGAUCCAGGAACGGACCAAGGGAAACAAAUCCUCGUAUUUCAGACUAAGUGAGCUUGUGGAACAUGUGUUCCCAUUACUUAAUAAAGAACAGAGUUCUGCCUUUCCGUGCCCAGAAUUCAGCUCCUUCUGCUACUGGAGAGAACCUCUUCCUGACCUGAACAUGGAAGACCUAGUCUGAGAAGCACCCCUCUCCUAGCAGUGUGGUUUCAUGUCAGCCAUUCAACCUCAGCUGUUGAGGUGAAGAGCUUCCUUAAUGAAGAUGCUAAUUUAUAUACUGGGUACCACAAGUCUAAGUAAAGAAAUCACUUUAACUGUCGGUUUGAGACAAAGAAAAUGCAAAGCUGCUAACAUUCUUUUUUUGAUGUGGUUUUGUGGGGUUUUUGUUUUGUUUUCCUAACGCGCUUGUCUUUAUGUUGCUGCUCCGAGGCACUUGGGGGUCAGCCUGUCCACGCUGAUAGUGGCACCCUGGUGUUUCAUGACAAGUCAAUGCUGAGGUAAACUAUGACUUUGCAUUUUCAUCAGUACAGACCUUAUUGUAAGCAUAAACUUUUGUAUUAGUCUUAAUAGUAUAUUUUUUAAGAAGAAGCCAAAAAGGAUAUAGAAACUGCCAAAUAUAAUGUCAGACCUAUUAAUAAAAAACACGGUCUAAUGUUCAGAUGGAUAAUUAGGCCCGUUAUAAAGGAGCCAGAAGCAAAGAACAAUGUGCUCUUUCUCCAGCAAAUACAGAAAAUGUGUAAACAUUAACAGCCUGAUAGGCUCUGAAGACAUAAAUUUCCUCUUUAAAUGUAAAUAUGCCUUUUUCCCCGUGUCCAAGCCUGCGCUUGUACAGUUCAUGCUCAGACAAACUUUGCUGACUUUUUUAAACAUGCAGAGCAUAGACCACUUCCCGCGCUCGUUACAAUGAGAGUUGUCUUCAGGUACUCGUGUGGCUGCUGUUGUUCCCGGGCUGCGCUGGUUUAUGUUAUAUUUUGAUCAAGAGAAAUCUUGAAGAGUUCUUUAAGGGUCGGGGAACUGGCGUUUUUAUUUUACUUUUCAGCACGGAGAUGCAUUGUGCUUGUAUGCUGUGUAGGCCAGUAAAAACUAUGUACAGAUUAUAUUCAGGGAAUUGUAAUACUAAGAAAAUGAUGUAUUUAAUUUUUUAAUUAUCUAGUGCAGGUCUUUCCAGAAUACUGUACUGCAGGUUUUCAGUAGCUGGAAGGACGUGCAGCACAAUAGUGAGAUUCUAGGUAUGAGAAUGGUUUAAAUGCUGCAGAGCAGAAUGAAGCUUUGGGGUUUUUUUCUCCUUUUGAGUAAUUUGUGAGUGUUAUGCUGGUCAUUCCUCAGGUUCAGAUCAGAGCCUGUAAACAAACUGCAUUCCAAGUCUAGUAUUUAUCAGCUGUAAAGUCACCUAGUACUUCUCUCUUUAAAAGUACUGGAAGGCAAAAAGCUCCUCUCUUUAAGUACAUUUAACUUCCUUUGGUCAAAUCUAUGAGGAGAAUCUGUGUUUUCAGCCUGGAGGGUUUAAGGAUCCCGGACAUCUCUCAGGCUUGGGCUUCCUGUGACCGCCCCAGCCUUCCUUGUCGCUCAGCUCCCGCGCAGCCCGUUUGGGGCAGCACCCCAAACCGUUCGGGGCAGCUCCUGGCGGGCGGCGCUCGGCCCUGCGCAGCACCCAGUGCCCGCCACCCGUGCGCCAAAGGCGGUGCCGGGGCGGCUGCCCAGAUCCCUGUGCUGGGCAGGGGGGAGCGGGUGCUCGUGGUGCCUGUUCUUCACCACCCGCAGCCUCUGCGCCCAGAGCGGUUCCCCACCCGCGGAAGCUCUUCUCUGCGGUGCCGAGCAGCCCUUACUGAGUGGCCCCGAGGUGCCAGCAGCCAGCGCCAGUGACCUGCUUGAGAGGCCGCUCCUGCAUCAUCAGUUAAUGACGUUGUGUUUUAGUUCCUCCGUUCCAAAGCUUCAGUGCAUCGCUGUGUCCACGCAGCAUGAAGUAAGGAAUGGGGGGUGAGCGGAGUCUGCCUUUCCAAGGAGUGAGCGACUGGCAAAGUUGGUGGGAGACGUCCCUGGCUGUAACUGAGUGCCAGGCGUUGUGGGGAGUUGCGGGGCGGCCUCGUGCCUGCCCUGGGCGCUGCGCUCGCCUGGGCCGCCCCUCUGCCCAGCCCUUCACUGCAUUUUGUAGCACUCAGCUCCCCUCGGAGCCUCUCGUCCUCCCGCAGAGUCCUCUUUUGCCCUGGCAGAAGCUUAAAAAUGUCAUUCCGGGUGCUUUUUCAUUUCUCUUCUUACUUUGUGUUCCGUAGGUGUUCUUAAUAGAAAAAAAAAUGAAGUUUUCAUGAUCACUAAGAGCUUUGAAAACCAAUGAGAUUUGGGCUUUUUAAGUGGCUUAAAUAUUUUGGACAGGUUAUUACCAAGUUUUGACUGCAUCUUUCUUCAUUCUUUUUCCUAACUCGAUUAUUUUUUUCUCAAGUUGAAUUCUGCUUAUUCUUUCAGAUUGCUCUAGAUAAACCAGAGAUUUUACAGUGGGGACUUGGGUAUCUGAACAGUGUGAAAGUUAAUAUCACAUGCAAUCGUGUGAUACCAUGCAUAUCGUUUAAGCUGGUGUGGAUUACAGGGUUAUGUGGUUGUAGAGAGCUCCCCAUUCUGCUAAACUCU